ACAUCGCUGUUGCUAGAAGAAAGGGGAAAACCCUUCCCCCUGCGUCCUUUUCUCUCCUCUCAACCCCUCCGGGCUCUCUCGUCUAUGGAGAUACUGAGAAGACUGGUGAACCAAAUAGCCUACACUCCACCCUUCAAAAGACUAUCCAACCUGUCCACUCUCCAACUCUCCUUUAUCCCUGUGCUCUCCUUCGCUUCCUCCUUCUACAGACUCGCCGUCUUCCUCCGCCACUCUCUCUACCACCUAGCUCUCCUCCGCCGACGCCGGUUGCCGGUGCCGGUGAUAAGCGUCGGGAAUUUGACAUGGGGAGGGAACGGGAAGACGCCGAUGGUUGAGUUCUUGGCUCGUUGGCUGGCUGAUUCCGGAAUUUCACCUCUCAUUCUCUCAAGAGGAUAUGCUGGUGGAGAUGAAGCUAAAAUGCUUCAGAGGCAUCUUUUUGGGACAACUGCUAAGAUUGGAGUGGGAGCAAAUCGAGCAGCCACUGCUGCUUCUUUUCUUGAAAGGCAUGGUUAUAUAGUUUCUCAUUGUGGGUCGUUCUUCAACAGCAAUCAUUCAGAAUUAGACAAAAUAGGGGCUGCAAUUUUAGAUGAUGGAAUGCAGCACUUGAGCUUGUGGCGUGACCUGGAGAUCAUAAUGGUAAAUGGGAUGAUGCCUUGGGGAAAUCAGAAGUUACUGCCACUUGGACCACUAAGGGAACCUUUGACUGCUCUUAGGCGAGCAGAUGUUGUUGUGGUCCAUCAUGCUGAUUUGGCGUCAGAUCAUGAUAUAAAUGUUAUCGAGUCAACGCUGCAAAAACUCAAAGAAACUCUUCCUAUUUUCUUCACCAGGAUGGCUCCUUCAUACUUCUUCAAAGUGGGAAACACUUCCUGUAAAUUGCCUUUGAGGACCGUGCAUAAUAUGGUUGUCUUGUGUGUUUCUGCAAUCGGUUUUGCAGAUGCCUUUGUGCAGGGAGUUGAAAGGUCAUUGCAGAUAGGACCAUUAUAUGUGGAUCGGUUAGACUUCAGUGAUCACCAUUUAUUUGAAGCUAAGGAUGUUGAAAUGAUCAGGGCGAGACUCCAAAAACUUCAGGCUGAGUUUGGCUGGCCCAUUGCUGUUAUCACGGAAAAGGAUUAUGAUCGCGAGCCGGAGAUCCUCAAACUGUUGGAUCCUUUUGAAGUGUUGGUACUCUGUUCCGAGUUGCAAAUUAUACCUCGUAAAGGAUGCACAGAAGAUAGCUAUAAGAUGCUUCUGAGACAGCUUCUGCAAGCAAAAUUAUCUUGAACAAGCCAAGCCAAGCCAAGAGACAUCUUCAGAUAUAUAUAUUGGGAUUUUUUUGCUUCAAAUCUCUUCAGUAAGAUGUCUUUGUAUUAACUUGUUGGUUGGCUCUUUGCAGCUUCCUUAAAAAAUAUGCUUGUUUGUCAUUACCCUUUCGUCAUCUACUUGGUUGGAUGGGUCAUAAUAUUAGAAAUUAAGAUGAAGAUGUUACAUUGAAUCGUGCGAUUCUAGGGAAAAGAAUGGUAAAUUACACUUACUAUGUUUGGAAUUCAAAAAAAGAAAAAAGAUGACCUUUGAAUAUUUGAGAAAUGGCAAU